CGAGGGACGGCGGCGGGGACCGGCGGAGGGCGGCGGGCUGGCGCUGCCGCUGCGGCUCUCACCGCCCCGCUCUCUCCUGUCCCGCAGCCCCGGCGGCCGGCUCCGCGCGGCAGCCGCAAAUGAAGUGCGAGAACUGCAGCAAGAAGGAAUGCAGUAAAAAACAGAAAAAUGACGAUACGCAAAGUACGUCUGUUGAUGCAUUGAGUUCAAAUAAUGGCUCUGAAGAGAAAAAUGAGUUUGAUACACUGGCUAAUGCUAAAAUACUCCUUAGCGACUGCUUAGCUUGUGACAGUUGCAUGACAUUGGAAGAAGGAGCCAGAGUUUUCCAGCAGAAUCAGAAGGAGUUCUUUCGUAUUCUCAACCUUAAUAAGAAAUGUGAUACCUCAAAACACAAAAUAUUGGCAGUGUCUCUAUGCCCUCAGUCAUUGCCUUAUUUUGCUGCUAAAUUCAAUUUCUCUGUGAAUGAAGCAGCCAAGAGACUCUGUGGUUUCCUCAAAAGUCUUGGGGUGCAUUAUGUUUUUGACACCACUAUAGCUGCAGAUUUCAGUAUCCUGGAGAGCCAGAGGGAAUUUGUGCAGCGGUACCAGCGGAGGAACCAGGAGGAACAUGCCUUACCAAUGUUUGCCUCUGCUUGCCCUGGUUGGAUCCGAUAUGCUGAAAGGGUUCUCACCAACCUGGUGACCUCCCACAUUUGCACUGCAAAGUCUCCACAGCAGAUCAUGGGCUCCCUAGUGAAGGGAUACUUUGCCAGGCAGCAGAAUUUGUCUCCUGAUAAAAUUUUCCAUGUAGUCAUUGCACCUUGUUAUGACAAAAAGCUGGAAGCCUUGAGGGAAGAUUUCUACACUGCCUUGUAUAAUUCAGCAGAAGUUGAUUGUGUCCUGACAUCAGGUGAAAUUGUCCAAAUAAUGGAACAGAAAAAUGUGUCGAUGAAAGAUGUGGCUGAAGUAGCUGUAGAUAGUUUGUUUGAUGGCUUAAAGGAGGGAGAUGUAGUAAGGCAUGACGGGAAGAGAUCUGAUGGUUACCUGGAGCACAUUUUUAAACACGCUGCAAAGGAGCUUUUUGGUGUGGAUGUCAAGGAGAUAACCUACAAAGCACUAAAGAACAAGGACUUUCAAGAAGUUACCCUUGAAAAGGAUGGGGAGACAGUGCUGCGUUUUGCAGCAGCUUAUGGCUUCAGAAAUAUCCAAAACAUGGUCCUGAAGUUGAAAAAAGGGAAGUUUUCCUACCAUUUUGUAGAAGUCCUUGCCUGCCCAGGAGGGUGCCUCAAUGGAAAGGGCCAGGCCCAGACUGAGGAUGGCAAACCAGACAAAGCCCUGCUUGCCCAGAUGGAAGAGGUGUACACUGCAAUUCCUGUCAGGCUGCCAGAAGCCAACCUGCACGUGCAGAGGAUGUACCAGGACUGGCUGGAGGGCAUGGACUCCAGGAAGGUCCAGGACACUUUGCACACCACGUACAGUGCAGUGAAUCAAAGCACCAGCAGCUUGGACAUCAAAUGGUAACUGCAGAGCUGGGCUGCCCUCUGUGCACCCAGCGAGGCUCUGCCCAGCUGGAGAUGGUUUUGGGAAGAACCAUUGCUUAGUAAAACCAGACAAGUCUCCAAAAGCCCUGGUUCCUGCCGCUGUCAUUUCACUUCUACUAUUUGUCAUUUCCCUCAUACAACGGAGUUCUUCAUUCUAAAGCCUGAUCUUGCAAGGUACAUAAGUCCUUUCUGCCAGGGACAGGGAGUGUAAUUCCUCAUCAAGUUACUCCCUGAAGUGAAGGGUUCACUGCACAAAAUGGGCUCCUCCAGGAGGGUGAGAUGAUUUUACUUCUAGGUCUGCAGUCCUAUCAUCACAGGAAAACAGUCAACAGGAAUUUCAGUAUUGAUGCAGUUGGUGUGAAGUAACUUGGGAUUUAAUUACCUUGGCCCUUUUAGAGGACAAGUGAAUAUGUGGAGAGAUGUAAUGAAUUUCUACAAACCUUGUAUCCAUAAUUCAACAAAAAAUACUCAGUUCUAAACUAGCCACUAUUUCUUACUGAUGUUGUGUCACAGAAUGCUUCACAGAAACUGAAUCUGGGAAGUUAAUGCUAAAUGGUUCAUUUAAAAUAGUUCCAAAUAGAUUGGUUGGUACAAAAAGAGAACUGUCUUCCCAUGUGAGUUUUCUGACAAGCUUGCAGCCAGGAGUAGUGGUGCUGCUUGCUUUGGCUUCGCUCUGAGAGUGGAACAUGCCCAGAUUUUUCUUUCAUUUAUCUCCAUGUUGAAAGACUUCUGCAAAAAAUAACUUCCUGGGGUGCCUCUGAGAAAAAAUACUGAGCAAUGCUUGUGAGCUCAUCAGAGUUACAAUAUGCUGGCAUCGUGAUUUUUGAUGCAGUUAUUUUUAUAAAUAUGCCAUAGAAGUUCCUUAACAGACAUUGUAAAGUGGUACUGCUGUGCAGCUUGUCUGCAGCUUCCCCAGUUGUCACAGAGUUACUCAAGAAUGUGAUGGACAAAAGAAAUUAAGACUCCUGCCAGAAUUCUUCAGAUUUUCCUGAUAGCAUCAGAUCUGUUCACAGUUAAUGGCUGUUUGAAGCUAGCAAAGUUCUAGCUUUCCUUAUGCAGCCUGAGUGUGGAUGGGCUUUUUUAAUAAUUUCAUGCAGUUUCAAUCAAUCUUCUUGCAAAUUUCUUCAAUAUUACAACUGCUUGUAUGAGUAAGAAAUCCUGCAAAAACCUGUCAGUGUUUAAAAUGCACAUUUAACCUGGACACAGUGGAAUGGGAUGAAGCAUCAAGGGAGGCAGGGCAAGACCUGGCACUGGCUAGGUCAGGGAGGCUGAAAAGGAGAGAGACAGUGAGGUGUCACCCUGCUGACAAGAAACAGCUCUCUUAAUGUGAAGCUGUUAAAAAACUGCAGCUUUCCAGUGGACCUCCACCUAAAUAACAAACCAUUGCACUUGGAGGUUUUCUUUCAAGUGCAAAUGAAUUUACUUACUGCACUACCUAAAUGCCCACAAUGAGAUUAUGCCCAUGAAUUAUAUAAAUUAGCCUUUGCAAGUUGUUCCUUGUGAUAAGAAUCAUACUUAACGUGAUAAGAAUCAUACUUAACGUGGUGCAAUAUCAGAACAUCGACAGAAAUCUACCUCUGUACAGGAAGGGAGUCCAGGAGUCGUGGGAAGAGCUGUGUGCAGCUGGAUCUGUAAUAGAUGUGUGCUGGAGAAAGGUGGGGGUGUUGUGUGGCAUUUCAAAACAGAUCACUUUCAGAAGCAACAUCCACCUCCUUCGGUCUGAUUUGCUUUAUCUGCCGUGAUUUCCUCCAAAAGCUCCACCAGAAUUGUAAUGUAAUAAAGUGGUCCUGUUCUGUUUGUAUAGGCCUGUUUCUCUGUAUAUAUGGUUUCUAGCUGGAUGCAUGUUUAAAUUAUAUCUCUGCUGCUCCUGGUA